AUGAUUGGCCAGGAAUUCAAGAUGGGAUUCCGGCAGGAUGAGUACCAGCAGCUAUUGCGAAUGCUGCUUGCAGACCGGCUACACAGGAGAACUGACCUUCAGUCAGUACUGUGUAUGAGACCGAUUGACUUACACAACCUGGCAGAGAAGAUCUGGCCAGGCAUCUACAACCUCUGGAUUUCGGGUGUGAAUACAGUUUUCACCCAAGUUGUCGUUCAUUUUUUACUUCAGAAUUGUGCUUUUGGGCCGAAAAUAUCGAGGUUUUCGGAUUGUUUGUUUCCCCCUGGUCAGCCUGAAGACCAGGGAGAGUUCUGUUUUCCUACUACCGGCAUUUCUCGUGCGAGCAAGCCGGAGCAGUCUAUGUUUCCUGAUUUUGUUUCAAUCUCCUCUGUUGAUUCUGUUGAUCGGAAGGCUGUCACAAUGGGUGACAGCACUAAUGUUAAUGUUGGCGAUGGCCAGAGCUAUGUCCAGCCCGUCGUCCAGGCCGAUGUUCCCUCACCCUUUGAAGGCUACCGAGAGCCUCCUCGCCCAGAGAGCGAAGCGUCUGCCAGCCAGACACAAAGAAACGAUGUGCCAGACGCGAGUGAGCAACAGUCGCGACCACUACCACCCUUCCCGUCCUCUGCCUAUCAGGCAAUGCCACCGCCAGGAGGGAUGUGGAUACCAAGUGAUAUGUUUCAAUUGAUGAUGAACCGCCAGGGCAAUGCCCUGAUGCCAGAUCCUGGUACACCUGGUGCGCCGUUAUUCAAUAAGAAAGAUGCGAGAAAGUUCCUUCGGAACUUUGAGAAGUUAUGUGAAAGGCGUGGUAUCAGCGACCCUGCUAGGCAGUGUGAGCUGUUUGCCGAUUAUUGUGAGGACUCUAUCCAAUCGUGGGUAGAGUAUGACCCGCUGUGGAGAUCUCGCGAUUGGGAAGCGUUUAAGGACAUGCUCUGUGAUCGAUACAGAGAUUAUGACUCUGAGCGCCAGAGGUUUUCGAGGGCAUCAUUGAUGGAGUUAGUGAAUCAACCAAGAGACACCAUUGAUGAGGUUCGCCAGUUUAUGACGGAGUUCAAGACUGUGUCUGAUGUGCUAGUGGCCAAUGAGGUCAUUCAGGAGAUCCAGAGAUGUGAGUGGUUAAUAACCGGGUUGCCUAAUUGGCUACGGCAUCGAGUUGCAAAAAAGGGCAUUAUCGACUUCGAUCGGCCGUCUAGGCCUAUGCGGCUAGACUGGAUUGCCGAUGAGGUGUCCAGCACGAUGGCAGCGCAGGAUAAGUAUGAGAGGGUGAUCAAAACGACUGAUCGACCUAGCAGUCAAGAGGUGACGUCGACAAAGCUGACGUCGACGAAGGAAAGGAAGAGUGUCGCCUGGGAAGGUGGUUUUUCGGCCGAAAAACCUGCCAUUUCUUCAGGGCGUCAAGAGAAUAAUUUGGAAGAACAGGUGGAAGAGAUGCGCCGUCAAUACAACGAUAUGAAGUUAACGGUCAAUAUGCUACAGUCAGGCAUGGUGAAGAAGGAUAUGAGAAAUGAUCCUGCUUACGUCCCUGCUGAUGCUUCAAGAUUGGCCUAUCAAGGACAGCGGUCAAGGCCUGCUGAUGGCAGAAGCCCUCCGAUUUGUUACUUCUGUGGCAUUGUUGGCCAUAUUUCGAAACCGACGUCUUGUCAGGCAAUGUCUGACGCGAUUAGCAAGGGUGACAUGCACGUUGGUAAUGAUGGCAAAUCAUACAUUGGCCGUGCUGGUGAAGGUGGCCCGACUAUGCAGUUUGUCUCAGGAAGGCCUUCUUUGGAAGGACUGCCCUCCCAGCUGCGAGAAUGGCGGCGCAGUGCGCUGAGGGCGCCAGCUCAGCAGUUAAUGCCGGUGUCACAGCCGACUGCUGAUCCUGCUCCGCUGCCUAGGCAGAUUCCACAUUAUGAUGGGCAGUCUGUCUAUGAUAGGUCAGCCUAUGAUAGGGGUGACAUCCAGGUUCCUGGGAACUACAUUGGCGUCAGCCUUGGAAUUAGCCCUGAGGAAAAUCAGGAGAUUGAUUGCGAUGAUGAGAUCAUUGAUGCGGGAUAUGAGAGUGCUGGCAUCAAUGCUGUUGAAACGCGUGGUAGUCAACAGCAGGAUCCUGUACGGGCAAAGCGCCGUGCAAAUGGCAUCGCUUCCACCAAGACAUGGCAAAGUGGUCAAUAUAUGCAGCCUAAUCGACAGGCAAGAGUGGAAAAUAUUGAUAAUGAUGACGUGAUGAUGGAUCGACCCCCAGACAAUCAGACUGAGCCACGCACGCAGCAUAUACCAGUGCCUGCUACCAGCGGAAGAUCAAAUGUGACCGUCAGCCAGAGAAAAUCAGUGCCCGUUAGCCAGGUGAAGAAGACAGCGCCCUAUAUGACAUCGACGGCAGCAUUAGAAGCGUUGGUUAAGAGAAGGGUGUUGGACACUAAGGUGGACCUAACAGUUGAGGAAAUGGGCAGGAUUAUUCCGAGGCUCAAGACUAAUCUGUUCCGCGACACUGAGGGCCUUCGUCCUGCUAUUCCACAACCUACUUCACAAUCUGCGAAUGUGACGAAUGUGACGCAGUUAACGCCAUCAGGUUAUGGCGGCGACGAUCAUUUGCAGGUGGCUGUCGGCAAUGUUCACCCAAGUACGUACCGUGACGAUCGCCGAUCGACAGUGGCGGAAGAUCGGGUAGAAACACAUCGUGAUGUGUAUUCACUUGGCCUUCUAUACUCUGAAGUGAUCGUGGCAGGUUAUAUGCUGCGUGGCAUGAUUGAUUCUGGCAGUGGCGUCGAUGUGAUGGGCAGAAAGCAAGCAGAGACACUAGGGUUGCCGAUCAAACAAGAUCCGAAGAUUCAUGUGGUGCCCGUAAAUGGUGUACAUGUCAAGUGCCUUGGCUGUAUUCAAAACAUGCCUGUUUCCAUUGGCGACAUCACCACUCACGUAAAUGUGUUUGUGAUCUCGGAAUGUCCUGGAGGGUUGAUUCUUGGAAGACCAUUCAUGGAAGCGACGAUGAUGGCGCUGGCGCAGCAGCCUGACGGGAAGGUUGAGUGCACGGUGUAUAAUGAUGCAAGGACGAGGAAGAUUGUUUUUCCUGUCUAUUCCCCUGAAGAAAAGAAGAUCAUUAGGGCCUCGAGGCUGUGGCCUAAUGAGAUGAUUGGUGAGAAUGCCCCGUUUGUUGAGGGUCCUUUAAACUCCUGA